UUCCAUCUCUCUUUCACACAUAUCAAUAUCGCGUUGUUUUGAUCGGUCCAUGGACCUCCCGUUUGCAUUUUAAAAUUUAUGAAUAAAUAACCGGGUUAGUGAUAAUGCCCAGUAGUGCGAGGGACGUUUUAGCCUUAAUUAAGUUCAACACCACCGCAGACAAUCAGGAAAUUCAUUGUUUAUUCAGCCGGAUUUUCCUAAGAAACAAGCCAAUAAAAAUCGAACAAAUCACAGAAGCCACUGAUACUGAAGAAGAUCAAAGUAUAGGCAAAGCACACUUAGAAUCCAUUGAUAAUCAGACUGAUGAUAACCUUAUACUAAUAAAAUCAAAAAUUAAGAGCAAUAAAUCUCUGGGAAGUUCUGAGGAAACUCCUCCAACUUUAGCUGCACAUCAUUGCAGCAAAUAUGAGACUGAUCCAGAAAAUCUAAGUUGUUAUCACAGCGCUUCACACACCGACAAUAUAUCAACAGACGAACACGAUAGCGUUCGAGAUAUCCAAGAAUCAACCCAUCAUUUUAAAGAAUUGCAUAUCUCAGACAGUGGUACUGACCUUACAGAACUUGCUACAAACGAAUCGGAACAAAAGACUGAUUUGGAAACAGAGUGGUUAAAGUUUUGGGCCAUUAAUGGUGAAAAACUAAUCUGGGAAUCCUGGAUAACCAAAUAUAGUGCCUAUAUUAACCCAACCUACUUGACUCAAGAAUCGACAACUAACCAGCCAGGAUCCAGUAGUUCUAAUAGCAUUGAGGCCCCUAAAGGGUCCCACUUUCCAUUUGACGAGAAAAUUAUAAGAAAACUGUCCGAUCCCGAGCCCAAGCAAGAGUUUCAACCCUUAACGAAAAUCCUAACGCGUUUCUUAUCCACAAGCGACGAAAAACUAUCCAACGAAGUCUCAGAAGGCUGGAACCCUUUGUCUCCCCUAAGUGUGGAAGGAGUUACAGAAGCGGAAAGGCUUUUAAGUUCCAGGUGCGGCUCGCAUACGAGCAGCAAAUCGUUCAGGACGAUCGAUUCUAUGACAAACGUGACUCGCAUGACGGUAAGUUCUUUGGAAAUUGGCAGCAGUCAGAGCAGCGAUAGUAUUUCUUCGGUGAGCUCUGUGACCAGCUCGGCGAGUUCUGAACAAAUAGAAGAAGAUCACCAAGGGCAGUGGAACGAGUUGUGGAAACGCCACUACGAGCAGGAGUAUACGUUUUGGUACAAUAAGUUUUUGUGUGAGAGUACGGAGCAGCCAAGUGACGUUAGUAAUCAACAAACUGAGGCAGUUGUAGUUGAGGGAGGUGAUUACUUAUAUCGUCAAGAUUCGGAAGAUUUGGAUUUAAUGGCCAAUUUGGGACUGCCUACUAAAUUCGGGAGAACUAUUGAACCUGAUGCGGGCUUAAGAGAGGAAGAAAAUACUGAACGAAAACCACAUGAACAAAAUGCUUCCAGGCAACAACUGAGGGCAGCUUUAAAACUUAUCGGUGUAGAGUAUAUUGAAGAGAAAUCUGACGAUUUAUUAGCAGAAGUAGAAUACAAAAUGAAGCAUAUCAGGCAUCAGAAUAGAAAGCUUACUUUCCAUAAUAAAGACAAACCUAAGCAUAUUUUCUUUGACGAAGAAGGUAAAGUUGUUGAAACACAGAUGGUAAAAUCGGAAGAGAGUUGGUUAGAAGAAGACGAUGAUGAAGACGAGGAGGUCUGGGAAACGAGUAAAGAGGCUGUUCAUAAAAGUAAUGAAGAAUCAGCUGGAAGUAACUCUGGAGCAGAUCUGCUAGAAAAGGUUGAUGCGGGAAGCGAUAUAAUGAUUAAAACCAAAACUCAGAAACGCAAAAGGAAGAAAAAGAAAAUUGUGUACCCCCCCGAGAUGGAAAGCAAUAAAAAAAUCAGGAAGUAUUGGCCUAAAAGGUUUUCACUUUUUAGUAAAUACGACGAAGGUAUUAAGCUGGAUGAAGAAAGUUGGUAUUCAGUAACACCUGAAAUAGUUGCAAAACAUGCAGCCGACAGAUGUGCGACUGAUGUCAUCGUGGAUGGGUUCUGCGGUGCUGGAGGAAACAGCAUUCAGUUCGCGUUAACAUGCAAAAGAGUAAUAGCAAUAGACAUUGAUCCAAAAAAACUAGAAUUAGCAAGAAACAAUGCCGCAGUAUAUGGUGUGUUGGACAAAAUCGAGUUUAUUCAGGGAGAUUUCUUCCAUUUGGCUGAAUCGCUUAAAGCGGAUGCGGUAUUUUUAAGCCCCCCAUGGGGCGGGAUCUCCUAUGGAAUGGAAAAAGUUUACGACUUGGAAACGAUGUUGGAACCAGUUUCGUUUUCAAAGUUAUAUGAAGCGGCUUGCAAAAUAAGCAGGAAUAUUGCGGUUUUUUUGCCUAAAAAUAGUAAUACCACUAUGAUUCUAAAAAUGGCUGGACCAGGAGGAAAAGUGGAAGUUGAACAAGAUUUUAUUAACUCAAAGCAAAUAGCGAUUACUGCUUACUAUGGAAACCUCAUAAAGGAAUAACCCAAUCCUAGUAACUGGCUUAUCUAUAUUCACAUAUGUUUUGCAUUAAUUUAAGUAAAAAGCAUGUAAGCUAAUAGUUUUGUUUAUUGUAACUUUUUCAGAAUAUAUAUCAAUCUGUGAUAUUAA